UUUUAUUGUUAUUCGUUUUUUUUCUCUCCUGCAACACGCGCUUCCCAAUCCCGCCCGAAUGCGACGACUUACACAGGAGCGUUGACCUCUCGAUAACGGCAUUUCUUAUUUCUUAUUAACCGACGUCGAAAGAGUGGAGCUGACGGCAUUCCUUGGUUCCAAAGUGACCCCCGGCGACGGCAGCCCCAGGUGCUCGGUUUCUGUGGGUUCGCCAUCACAUUUGCCUAAAUUCAACCGGUCCACAACCACCGCUACCACCGUGCCGUACGCCGCGCCGCCAGCAGGCCAGCAGCCCGCGAUCAGCGCCGCGGGCGCUGUGCCGCACCCCAUGGUCGGCCUCUACGACGACCCGUUCGCCUACGACGGCGCCGACUUCACCACCUUUCUGGGGCCGGACCAGUUCGCCGCCGGAUCCUCCCCCGAGGACGUCCACCUCCACUCGGCCACGGAACCGCACUUUCCCGCCUCCGUCCAUGCCGCCCUCAACAAGGGGCCAGGACACCCAGGAGCGACCCCGCCGCCGCUUCAUCAUCCCCAUUCUCUUCACCAACCACCCUACCUCGCCUCGCCCACCGACCCGCUCGGCCCGGGCGGCUUCGACCACCACCACCAUGCCCUCCCGCGGUCCGUAGCGGCGCCCACAACCAGCUAUAACCCUGCCCAGCCGCAGCAGCAGCAGCAGCCCGGCGACAAUUCCACCACCACCACCACCACCACCACCACCACCGGCAGCGGUAGUAGUAGUAGCAGCAGCGACGAGGACCUGCGGGCGCUGCUGCAGCAGGCGACGCGGGAGCGCGACGAGGCGCGGAUGCAGCUGAGCACGGCGCGCAACGAGCUGUACGCGGCCCGGCAGCUGGGCAAGCGGCUGCGGGCCGAGCGCGACGAGGCCCGCGCCCAGGCCGAGUUCCUCGGCGCCGAGCGCGCCAAGCUCCGCCAGGCCGAGGCCCGCCUCCGCCGCGAGCGCAACGAGGCCCGCCUCGCCGUCCUCGCCCUCAAGGCCGGCGUCCCCGGUCCCGUGCCCGGUCUGGCCGCCGCGUCGGUCGUCGGCCCUCCUCCUGCUGCUGCUGCUGCUGCUGCUGCUGUUACUGCGGGUGGGGUUAUGGCGCAGGGAAAGAGAGUCAGCGGCGGUGGUGGUGGUGGCUUGGUCGUAGGAGGAGGGGUCGCUGGCGCCGGUGCUGGUGCAGGUGUUAGUGCGGGUGUUGGUGCGGGUGCGAGUGGGAUGGAGAGUCAGGGGGAAGACUCAGGCGAGUCCCCGCCCAUGGGGAUGGAUUUCAUGAUGAUGGGCAUGGAGCAAUGCUGAUUUCUAUGGGCGGGCGAGGGGGAAAAAGGGAGAAUGGUGGUGCGAGAUACCAAAAUUUGGGGGCGUUAGGAACGCGGGCAAGUUUCUAUGAAUCAAUUACAUGGGGUGGAGUUCAAGCCUGAUUUCUGGUUUUUCUCUUUGGCAGUUUUGCUUGGUGUAAUUUUUUCCCCUUUCUUUUCGGGUUAUGCACAACUUGGCAAACGACGACUUUGUACGAUUUUGGUUGGUUUUAAUAUACCUAUGGACUUGCGCGAAUUUCAUCAAUUCAAAGGAGCAGCAGGUCAGGGUCCAAGCAGAUGGCAACUUGUUCAACAAGAGACCCCUCGGAUGUUCGCAUAGGAGCUCUCGCUUGGACAAUACCUGCCUGUAUUUAUCGCGGAAUGAU